GUGGCGGGCGCACGAACUCGGCCGAGGGCUCGACGCCUCAGCACCCACCAAAGCCAAUCACCGCGCGCCUCGCCUCGCCCGCCGCCCCACCCGCCUCCCGGCGCGCGCGCGCGCAGCGAGAGGGCGACCGGUCUCCGCCGCCGCCGCCGCCGCCGACAGACCCCGCAAGGAUCUUGAUGAAGACAAGCCCUAUAAUUUGUCAGAAUACUCCACAAGAUUGAUAACCAAACUCUUGUCCUCAGCUCAUCACAAUGGAAUGCAACAAGGAAGAAGCAUCGCGAGCUAAGGAUCUAGCUGUGAUAAAGCUGCAAGAAGCAGACUAUGCUGGUGCCAAGAGGAUUGCCCUUAAGGCUCAAAAGCUUUUUCCUAGCCUUGAAAAUAUUUCUCAGCUGAUAACUGUUUGUGAAGUUCACUGUUGUGCCGCUUCUAAGAUCAAUGGGGAGAUGGACUGGUAUGGUAUUCUUCAAGUAGAAACAACUGCAGAUGACAUGUUACUCAAGAAACAAUAUCGCAAACUUGCUCUCUUACUCCAUCCAGAUAAGAAUAAGUUUGCGGGUGCAGAAGCUGCUUUUAAGCUAAUUGGAGAAGCCCACAUGAUACUGACAGACCAAGUAAAACGUUUGUCUCAUGAUUCGAAAAGGAACCAAGUUACUGCAACAUCUGCUCCUUUACCCAAGAAACGUGGACCACCAUCAAAGAAAACCAAUUAUGUUGCUAAGAGGGCCAAUAAGGAGAACACUGAUGCUGGAUAUUCAACUUUCUGGACCAUUUGCAUGGCUUGUGGGACAAAAUACCACUAUCCGUGUAGUUUUAUGAUGAAAGCUCUCCGCUGCCAGAUCUGUUCAAUGUGUUUCAUUGCUUAUGAUUUGUCUAAGAAACCUCCUGUCCGAGUUGAAGCAUCAAAUCCACGGGGUGGAUUUGGGAUGCAACAGCAAAUGUUCCCUCCCAGUCAACAAACCCAUGUCAACAAGCAUCAGCACAACUAUCACAGUGUCCCUUAUCAGCAAAAUCCUUUCUCUGGUCAUCAAACUCCUGUCUGUAACCAGCAGCAGAAACCUCAGAGCGUCCCUGAUAAGCAAACUCCUGGCGUUCACCAGCAACAUCGAUCACAGAAAUUCCCUUUCAGUUCCGGGCCAAAGAAUGCAGAUUCUCAUCCAUCAGGUGGGUUUGGGAUGAAAAAGGAAUUUUUCCAUCUGACUCAACCGAAUGUCACUGACCAAAAACUCUACUAUCAGAGAGCCACUGGUCUGCAAAAUCCUGUCAAUGGCCAUCAACCUCCCGUCAGUGACCAGAGUCAGCAAUCUCUGAAAGUCUCGGAUAAGCAAACUCCUGUCAUUAUCCAGCAACAGCAAUCUCAGAAAUUUCCUUUCAAUUCAGGAUCAAAGAAUUCAGUGAAUUCCCAGUGUGCAGCCAGUCCAAACAGGAAUGCAACUACAAACAGUAAUCUUACAGCUGAAGGUCGGGUCUGUAAUAGCACAAAGGUUACACAGCCAUCAUUCAAUGAUCAAAAUGGUGAAGAUAGAACUAAACCGCCAGUUGCUAAUUCUGAUAAAGUUCCUCUAAUAAAUGAGCAGAUUAGGGUAAAGGAAGUAGCGACAGGAUCCAGUUAUCAUGUUGCUGUAAAUGGUAGCCAGGUUGCUAAUGAAGGUGUUCUUACUGCCACAAGUGCAGAUAAAACAUCUGGGCAGAAUCCUUGUAGAACAAGGCAGCAAGGAGACACUGUCAUCAGUGAAUAUCAAACUGAUGGCUGUAGAAAAGGCAGUGAUCAUCUUACUGAUUCUCCUGCAAAGAAAAGGAUAAGAAAAGAAAACUCUUCCUGUACUUCUGGCAAAAGCGAUCGUACAACAGAAAAUGAAGGUGCUAAAGUGAGCAGCCAACACAAACUCAGUAUUCCAAGCAAAGAGAAGAUUAGAAAUGAAAAUGGAGAAGUGAUCGAUGGCUUAAAUCACAAUGUGUUGCAAGGAACAGGAAUAAAACAGGAAACUCCUAGUGCUGGAAAUGGAAGUGGUGCUGCUGCUAGAUCUGUGAAUAAUAGUAUUCCCUGCAGCACUACUGUUUCAUGUCCAGAUUCAGACUUUUAUGACUUUGAGAACAACAGGGAUACAGAUCGAUUCGCAGUUGAUCAGAUAUGGGCAAUUUAUGAUGAUGAUGGCAUGCCAAGAUACUAUGCUCGAAUUAAGCAGGUUUACGCUCCAAACUUCAUGUUGCAGUUCACAUGGCUAGAGCAUGAUCCUUUGUAUGAUGCUGAGAAGGCAUGGUCUUCUAAGGAGCUGCCUGUUGCUUGUGGAAGUUUUAGACUUGGCAGAACAAUCUUAACUGAAGAUACUAAGAUGUUUUCUCAUGUUGUUUCUUGGACAAAAGGAAGGAAGAGGAACAGCUAUGAGAUUUAUCCAAAGAAAGGUGAAGUUUGGGCACUAUUCAAGGGUUGGGAUAUCAACUGGAGCUCAGAUUCUCAUGAUCAUAGGCCUUAUGAUUAUGAUGUUGUAGAAGUCACCUCAGACUUUGUUAUGGGAUCAGGCACUUAUGUGAUUCCCUUGGUAAAGAUUAAAGGCUUUGUCAGCUUAUUUGUUCGGUCAAGCAAUGAAGCACCAUUUCUGAUACCUAGUGGUGACACACUCAGGUUCUCACACAGCAUCCCUUUUCACAGAUUAGCACAAACUGAAAGAAAACAUAUCCCAAAUGGUGCUCUUGAACUGGAUACUGCAUCGCUACCUUCUGAUUUGGAGAAAGCGUUUACUACUGUAAACCUUGACAGUUGGGAAAUGCCAGUUGGGAAUACUGAACAGAGUCAGGAUGGUGCUGGUACAAAUGUACAUGAUGAAGUUGAUAAAUUAAAUCAGAAUACAAAGAGUGAACAAGAUAAUGGCUCAGAAGCUUCAGUAAUUGAUGAUAAUUGUGGUGAUGGAGGGAAUGAUAGCUCUCAACCAGAAUCUCCUAGUUUUGAUUACCCUGAUCCAGAGUUUUGCAACUUCACUAGUUUGAGAUCAUUUGACAAAUUCAAAAAAGGGCAGGUAUGGGCACUGUAUUGUGAUAUUGACAAGUUCCCGAAGUACUAUGUUUUCAUAAAGAGCAUCGAUCCAGAUGACUGCACAGUCCACAUAAAAUGGCUUGAGCACUGCCCAUGUGCACAAAUGGAGAAGCGCUUGGUACAAGAGGGUUUGCCCAUUGGCUGUGGAACAUUCAAAGUCAGCAGGCAAAGUGACAUCUAUGAUUGCACAAAUGUCUUCUCUCACAAUGUGGAAGUGACGCUGGCGAGUAAAGGAAAAAAGUAUGAAAUUCUUCCACGAGUUGGCCAGGUAUGGGCUCUUUACAAGAACUGGAGCCAUGCAUGGGCCUUUGAAGAUUACAGCAGAUGUGAAUAUAUUCUGGCCGAGGUCCUGGAGAUUUCUAAUGGCAAUAUAACAGUGUCAUGUCUUACUAAAGUGGAGGGCUUUAGCGCAGUAUUCAAGCCAGAGAAGAAAGGUGAAUCCAGGAGUGCUAUGAGCAUAGCAAAGAACGACUUGAUUAUGUUCUCUCAUCAGAUACCUGCCUUCCGCUUGACAAAUGACAACCUUUGUGGUUAUUGGGAACUGGAUCCUGCAUCAGUACCAGAAGUUUUACUGGUCAGAAAGACCAAGUGAAACAUUGACGAGAUUGCUCCUAAGAUGAAAUGAAUAGGGGAAUUUUGCCUAUGAAAAGUACAGCGUGCUGUUGACAAAGCUGCAGUACUGGAUAUUUUGGUUGUUUUGUAGCUUGUGCCGAGUAGACAGUUUAAUUCAUUAGAUUGCUACCUGAUGGUGAUGCCACUAUGUUAAGUCUUGCAGGCUUGGUCUGGUUUUAGGUUUCUUCUCACCUUUCUAUCUUUGCUAUGUGUAUUGUAAAUGUUCUGUUGGCUACAUAGUUGAUCGCAGGCUAGCUAUUGCUGUAUGCACCUUGUAAGCUGGAAAGUUUGCAUACAAUUUGGAGACUUUGGAAGCAUCAGCAUAUAUUUAUUAAUAUUCCAUAUCUGAAAACCAGUUGCUGUGGGUUCAACUCAAACAGCAGAUUCUAGAUGGGCAAUAUCUUUAUCA